CUGGGUCGUGGGGGAGGUUCUUCGUUGCAAAAAAAGGAGCAACCGCGAGAGAACCUCUGCAGAGUGGAAUUCCAUAGAACCCGCUGAAUAAAAAAUAGCAUUGUAGAGGGUGUGCUGUUUCUCGUUUUAAAAGUGGUUUUUAUUUUUGUUUUCGGGCUGAGUCAGGGGACCUGUUUUUUUUUUUUUUUUCCGUAGCUGAAGAUGGCACAGAGGAGUGGGCAGGAGGACCCGGAGCGGUACCUGUUUGUGGACCGGGCAGUGGUGUACAACCCGGCCACGCAGGCCGACUGGACCGCCAAGAAGCUGGUGUGGAUCCCGUCGGAGCGGCAUGGCUUUGAGGCGGCCAGCAUCCGCGAGGAGCGUGGGGACGAGGUGGUGGUGGAGCUGGCGGAGAACGGCAAGAAGACCGUGGUUAACAAGGACGACGUCCAGAAGAUGAACCCACCCAAGUUCAGCAAGGUGGAAGACAUGGCCGAGCUGACCUGCCUGAACGAGGCCUCUGUGCUGCACAACCUGAAGGACCGUUACUACUCUGGGCUCAUAUAUACUUACUCUGGACUUUUCUGUGUGGUGAUAAAUCCCUACAAGAACCUUCCAAUUUACUCCGAGAACAUCAUUGAAAUGUACAGGGGGAAGAAGCGACAUGAGAUGCCACCACACAUCUACGCUAUCUCUGAAUCAGCCUACAGGUGCAUGCUUCAAGAUCGUGAGGACCAAUCAAUUCUUUGCACAGGGGAAUCUGGUGCUGGAAAGACAGAGAACACCAAAAAAGUCAUUCAGUACCUGGCUCACGUCGCCUCCUCCCAUAAAGGAAGAAAAGACCACAGCAUUCCCCUUGAAUCUCCUAAACCAGUGAAACUACAGAGUGGAUCCCUGUUGUAUGGUGAAUUAGAACGUCAGCUGCUGCAAGCCAACCCCAUUCUGGAGUCCUUCGGGAACGGCAAGACUGUAAAGAAUGACAACUCUUCACGUUUCGGCAAGUUCAUCAGAAUCAACUUCGACGUCACUGGUUACAUAGUAGGGGCCAACAUUGAGACCUACCUGCUGGAGAAGUCCCGUGCCAUUCGCCAAGCCAAAGAUGAGAGAACCUUCCACAUCUUCUACCAGCUGCUCGCUGGGGCUGGUGAACACCUGAAAUCUGACCUGCUGCUAGAAGGGUUUAACAAUUACCGCUUCCUGUCCAACGGAAACAUCCCCAUCCCGGGACAACAGGACAAAGACAACUUCCAGGAGACCAUGGAUGCCAUGAACAUCAUGAGCUUCAACCACGACGAGAUCCUGGCUAUGCUGAAGGUGGUGUCUUCUGUACUGCAGUUCGGUAACAUUGUCUUCAAGAAGGAAAGGAACACAGACCAGGCCUCCAUGCCUGAGAACACAGCUGCCCAGAAGCUGUGUCACCUGCUUGGAUUGAAUGUCAUGGAGUUCACCCGAGCUAUUCUGUCCCCACGUAUCAAAGUCGGACGAGACUACGUACAGAAAGCACAGACGAAAGAGCAGGCUGACUUCGCAGUGGAGGCUCUGGCGAAGGCCACCUAUGAGCGUCUGUUCCGCUGGCUGGUUCACCGCAUCAACAAGGCCCUGGACAGGACCAAGCGGCAGGGAGCCUCCUUCAUCGGGAUCCUGGAUAUUGCCGGCUUCGAGAUCUUCGAGCUCAACUCCUUCGAGCAGCUCUGCAUCAACUACACCAACGAGAAGCUGCAACAGCUCUUCAACCACACCAUGUUCAUCCUGGAGCAGGAGGAGUACCAGCGAGAGGGCAUCGAGUGGAACUUCAUCGACUUCGGGCUGGACCUGCAGCCCUGCAUCGACCUGAUUGAGAGACCGGCACAUCCUCCUGGCGUGCUGGCUCUGCUGGAUGAGGAGUGCUGGUUCCCCAAAGCCACCGAUAAAACCUUUGUAGAGAAACUGGUCCAGGAGCAGGGCACUCACCCCAAAUUCCAGAAACCUAGACAGCUGAAAGACAAGGCGGACUUCUGCAUCAUGCACUACGCUGGCAGGGUGGAUUACAAAGCCGAUGAAUGGCUGUUGAAGAACAUGGAUCCCCUCAACGAUAAUGUAGCCACACUCCUGCACCAGUCCUCAGACAAGUUUGUUGCAGAACUGUGGAAAGAUGAUAUUCAGACUAUUCAAAGAGAGUCUUUCUAUGACAAUAUUUCUAGUCUUCACGAUCCACCAGUGGACCGCAUUGUCGGUUUGGACCAGGUGGCGGGCAUGAACGAGACGGCUUUCGGAUCUUCCUACAAGACCAAGAAGGGGAUGUUCCGCACAGUGGGGCAGCUGUACAAGGAGUCUCUAACCAAGCUCAUGGCUACACUCCGCAACACCAACCCCAACUUUGUCAGGUGCAUCAUUCCUAACCACGAGAAGAGGGCUGGAAAGCUGGACCCUCACCUUGUACUCGACCAGCUGCGCUGUAACGGGGUGUUGGAAGGAAUCCGAAUCUGUCGCCAAGGAUUCCCCAACAGGAUCAUCUUUCAGGAGUUCAGGCAGAGAUAUGAGAUUCUCACUCCUAACGCCAUUCCUAAAGGUUUCAUGGAUGGCAAGCAGGCCUGUGAACGAAUGAUCCGCGCCCUGGAGCUGGACCUGAACCUGUUCCGGAUCGGACAGAGUAAGAUCUUCUUCCGGGCCGGAGUCCUGGCCCACUUGGAGGAGGAGCGGGACCUCAAGAUCACUGACAUCAUCAUCUACUUCCAGGCAGUCUGCAGGGGAUUCCUGGCCAGGAAAGCCUUCGCUAAGAAGCAGCAGCAGCUCAGCGCUCUGAAAGUGCUGCAGAGGAACUGUGCUGCUUACCUCAAACUGCGCCACUGGCAGUGGUGGAGACUCUUCACCAAGGUGAAGCCGCUGCUCCAGGUGACCCGCCAGGAAGAGGAGAUGCUGGCCAAGGAUGAGGAGCUAGUCAAGGUGAAGGAGAAGCAAAGCAAGGUGGAGGGCGAGAUGGUGGAGAUGGAGAGGAAACACCAACAGCUGCUGGAGGAGAAGAACAUCCUGGCGGAGCAGCUGCAGGCAGAGACGGAGCUGUUUGCAGAGGCGGAGGAGAUGCGGGCGCGCCUGGCAGCCAAGAAGCAAGAGCUGGAGGAGAUCCUGCACGACCUGGAGUCUCGGGUGGAGGAGGAGGAGGAGCGCAACCAGGGUCUGCAGAACGAGAAGAAGAAGAUGCAGACUCACAUCCAAGACCUGGAGGAGCAGCUUGACGAGGAGGAAGCAGCCAGGCAGAAGCUGCAGCUGGAGAAGGUGACGGCCGAGGCCAAAAUCAAGAAGAUGGAGGAGGACAUUCUCCUGCUGGAGGACCAAAAUUCCAAGUUCAUAAAGGAGAAGAAGCUGCAGGAGGACCGCGUGGCUGAGAUUACCUCUCAUCUGGCAGAGGAGGAAGAGAAAGCCAAGAACCUGACCAAGCUGAAGAACAAGCAGGAGAUGAUGAUCGUAGAUUUGGAAGAGCGGCUGAAGAAGGAGGAGAAGACCAGGCAGGAGCUGGACAAGGCCAAGCGCAAACUGGACGGGGAGACGACGGAUCUGCAGGACCAGAUUGCAGAGCUGCAGGCGCAGAUAGAGGAGCUGAAGCUGCAGCUGGCCAAGAAAGAAGAAGAGCUGCAGGCUGCCCUGGCCAGAGGCGAUGAGGAGGUAGCCUAUAAGAACAACACCCUGAAGCAGGUGCGGGAGCUGCAGGCCCAGAUUGCUGAGCUGCAGGAGGAUCUGGAGUCGGAGAAAGCCUCCCGCAACAAGGCAGAGAAGCUCAAGAGAGACCUGAGUGAGGAGCUGGAGGCACUCAAGACUGAGCUGGAGGACACCUUGGACACUACCGCAGCCCAGCAGGAGCUCAGGACCAAGCGAGAGCAGGAGGUGACCGAGCUGAAGAAGGCCAUUGAGGAAGAAACCAGGAACCACGAAGCUCAGAUUCAGGAGAUGAGGCAGAGACAAGCCGCAGCCCUGGAGGAUGUCUGCGAGCAGCUGGAGCAGGCUAAGAGGUUCAAGGCGAACCUGGAGAAGAACAAGCAGACCCUGGAGAGUGAUAACAAGGAGAUGUCGGUGGAGGUGAAGGGGCUGCAGCAGGCCAAGGCAGAGUCUGAGCACAAGAGGAAGAAGCUGGAGGGGCAGGUGCAGGAGUUCACAGCCAGGAUCACCGAGGGUGAGAGAGCCAGGAACGAGCUGGCUGAGAAGACACACAAGCUGCAGAAUGAGCUGGACAACGUCUCCACCUUACUGGAGGAGGCAGAGAGGAAGGGCAUUAAACUGGCAAAGGACUCUGCCAGUAUGGAGUCCCAGCUCCAGGAUACACAGGAGCUGCUGCAGGAGGAGACCCGUCAGAAGCUGAACCUGAGCAGCCGCAUCCGUCAGCUGGAGGAGGAGAAGAACAGCCUGCAGGAGCAGCAGGAAGAGGAGGAGGAGGCACGCAGGAACCUGGAGAAACAGCUUGCCAACCUGCAGGCUCAGCUGAUAGAGACCAAGAAGAAGUUGGAGGAGGACGGGGGUGCCAUGGAGGGUCUGGAGGAGGUGAAGAAGAAGCUGCAGAAGGACGUGGAGAGCGUCAGCCAGAGGCUGGAGGAGAAGAGCAUGGCCUUCGACAAGAUGGAGAAGACCAAGAACCGGCUGCAGCAGGAGCUGGAAGACCUCAUGGUGGACCUGGACCACCAGCGCCAGAUCGUCUCCAACCUGGAGAAGAAGCAGAAGAAGUUCGACCAGAUGCUGGCGGAGGAGAAGAACAUCUCUGCACGCUACGCUGAGGAGCGGGACCGUGCAGAGGCCGAGGCCAGGGAGAAGGAGACCAAGGCCAUGGCUCUGACCCGCACCCUGGACGAGGCUCUGGAGGCCAAGGAAGAGUUCGAGAGGCUCAAUAAGCAGCUCCGCACAGAGAUGGAGGACCUCAUGAGCUCCAAGGACGACGUUGGGAAGAGUGUCCACGAGCUGGAGAAGUCCAAGCGCACUUUGGACCAGCAGGUGGAGGAGAUGCGCACGCAGCUGGAGGAGCUGGAGGACGAGCUGCAGGCCACGGAGGACGCCAAGCUGAGACUGGAGGUCAACAUGCAGGCCAUGAAGGCUCAGUUCGAGAGGGACCUGCAGGCACGCGAUGAGCAGAACGAGGAGAAGAGGAGGAUGCUGGUCAAGCAGGUGCGAGAGAUGGAGGCUGAGCUAGAGGACGAGCGCAAGCAGAGAGCCCUGGCCGUGGCUGCCAAGAAGAAGCUGGAGAUGGACCUGAAGGACAUGGAGGCUCAGAUCGAGGCGUCCAACAAGGCUCGCGACGAAGCCAUCAAGCAGCUGCGCAAACUGCAGGCACAGAUGAAGGAUUAUCAGCGAGAGCUGGAGGAGGCACGUUCCUCGAGAGAUGAGAUCUUCGCUCAGUCCAAGGAGAACGAGAAGAAACUGAAGAGCUUGGAAGCGGAAAUCCUCCAACUGCAAGAGGACCUGGCUGCCUCAGAGAGAGGGCGGCGCCAUGCUGAGCAGGAGAGAGACGAGCUGGCUGAUGAGAUCUCCAACAGCGCCUCUGGAAAGUCAGCUCUGCUGGAUGAGAAGAGGAGGCUAGAGGCUCGCAUUGCCCAGCUUGAGGAGGAGCUGGAAGAGGAGCAGAGCAACAUGGAGCUGCUGAAUGACCGCUUCCGCAAGACCACCAUGCAGAUGGACUCCCUGAACACAGAGCUGGCAGGCGAGCGCAGCGCGGCUCAGAAGAGUGAGAACGCGCGGCAGCAGCUGGAGCGGCAGAACAAGGAGCUGAAGGCCAAGCUGCAGGAGCUGGAGGGCUCGGUCAAGUCCAAGUUCAAGGCCACCAUCACCGCCCUGGAGACCAAGAUCGCACAGCUGGAGGAACAGCUGGAGCAGGAGGCCAAGGAGAGAGCUUCUGCCAACAAGCUGGUGCGUCGCACAGAGAAGAAACUGAAGGAGGUGUUCAUGCAGGUGGAGGAUGAGCGUCGACAUGCUGACCAGUACAAGGAACAGAUGGAGAAGGCGAACUCGCGAAUGAAGCAGCUGAAGAGGCAGCUGGAGGAGGCAGAGGAGGAGGCGACGAGGGCCAACGCCUCCCGACGCAAACUUCAGCGUGAGCUGGACGACGCGACCGAGGCGAGCGAGGGGCUGAGCCGUGAGGUCAACACACUCAAGAACCGCCUCAGGCGGGGUGGACCUAUCACCUUCUCCACCAGCCGCUCCGGCCGACGCCAGCUCCAGAUCGAGGGCGCCUCCCUGGAUCUCUCGGACGACGACGCAGACAACAAAGCCAGCGAGCUGAACGAGAUACAGGCCGCCCAGGCAGAAUAGAGCCCGAGCCCCGAGCCAGUCAGCAUGCAAGCACCCUGUAGUCCUCCCCUGACUCAACAUGAGGGGCAUUCAACAGCUACAACCUGUCCACCAAACUGCCUUGUGCUCAAUGAGUCUGCCUUAUUAUAUACUGGCAAACUGCAAGGCUACUGAAAUCAUUGAUCUGUUGCGUCUUAAUAACUUUCUAUAGCCUUGGCGUACUGUACUCUUGCUUAGAAAUAUAGGUACAAGUAAGUGCAUUUUAUAUGUACGCAUUAUAUACAUACAUACAGACACACACACACACACACAAAACAAAAGGAUUACGUAGAGUACAUUUCGCGGGAUAUUGAUUGUAAGGCCAUUUUCUAGAGCAUUAACGCUAAAGAAGUAAGCAUUCUUGUUAGAAGGUAUUCAUUCCCAGUGAAUUCUUAGUAAAGGCUGGAUCCCUGACCAUUGUUAUGCAUGCCACUUUUUUUUUUAGCAGUUUGCUUCUGUUCAAAAAUAAAAUAAAAAAAAAGAUGAUGUAGUUAGUGGCACUUGGACCUGUACUGAGUCUGAAAGCAUUUCUUAAUUCUGUAAGAAAAUGUAACAGCAUAAACUAGAAGCAUAGUAUGCAUUCUUGCUGACCUGUGGAUUGACUCAUGGAGCAGCAACGGUAUUUGUAACUUAUUCCGUUAUAAUAGAGAAAAAUGGGUGCGUUUUAAGAUAGCAGUGUUUCUCUAGCAUUUACCUGGCAGGCAGUAAUUUUAAGCUGUAACUGUAAGCAGUAUUUAAAUGAUAACAGACGUGUGAUACAUGGAAGCAGCUUUUAACUACUGGUUACAUGCUGCUCUCUGUAUUUAAAGAGAACCUGCACACAGCUGUAGUACUGUCUGUAUGCAAGCUGCUCGCUAUGGCGUUAUAAUACAUUUCAUACUGGUCUGCUCUUGUAAAAGCAAUGUCAGUUCUUCACAAAGUAACUGUUUCAUCAUGUCAUUUUUAUGGCACACAGUAGACAAAUGAAUUAAGCCCUUCUUAUUUCCUCCUUACCUUAACUGAAGUUUGAAUGCCUCUCACCCUCCAAUUUUUGUUCACUCCUUGAUGUACUACUCUAAGACUACAAUGCUAGUCACCUCCACAAAUUAAGAUGCUUAGUAUUUUUAUAAUUCUGAAGUUCCAUUCCAUAAUUCCAGUUCUAUGUCUUUUGAAGGAAAUACACUAGUGUUACAUUGCAAGUACCUUUGAAUGUGAAGUUUUGAACGCCUAGGGAGAAAGUUUUAGAGUUAAAUAUGGAGCCAUUAGAAGUCCCAACAGUGUGAGUACUGCGUAUCUGCAGUGUUAGCAAGCCAGCACCUGCAUAUCCAUCCACUUUUUAAUUUUUAAUUUCAUUUAAAAAAAUAAAAUAAAAGCAAGGUUUCAAGCACUGUUCUAGUGUUAGCAUAUAAUUAAAAGUGCCUAAGACACUACUAAGAAAGCAUUACUAGGGAGAAUCUUCAUAUACUAGUAUACAUAUAUAUCUAACAUUACAACAUACAAAUGUGUAACAAGUUUAAACCGGUUUUAACUGUAUUACUUCUAGCUGCGCUUCAUAUCAUAUUAUAUACGGUAUGUACCUCUCCAGUUCAAGUGGUAUGAUAGGUAUUAAGUGGAUCUGAAUCAGUGUUAACUAUAAAAAGUUGAGCCUUCUGCCACAUGCAGGAAGUGUUGUGAUAAUAUGGUUAAAAGCUUUAACAUCUAUGACAGUAGAUACAGUAGUUAAUUUGUUGAACUGGCUGUUGACAACCAGGCAUUUGGCUGCAGAUAGCUCCUUUUAUUUCUUGUAUACCUGUAUUUCUAGGACGACAAUGAUUUUUUUUGUAAAAGACAAUAAACAUUCAUUAUAUAAAAAAAA